UGAACGAAAACACCUUGACAGUGCUGCCCACACCCCAGUCCAGCAGGUGGCGGUGAUAUACAACAUCGUUAGACCUCAACAGCAUAAAUUCAAAAGAAGAAGCAGCAGCAGCAGCGACCGACCGACCGACCGACAGACAGGCAGGGCAAGGUGUCUCUUGAAACAGCUCUCUUGAUACAAUGGGACGUCACUUUGGAGACUUGGCCAAGAUAAGACACAUAAUUACUUACAGCAUUUCACCGUUUGAGCAGAGGGCUUUCCCCCACUAUUUUUCAAAGGGAAUUCCCAAUGUUUGGAGAAGAUUUACAUCAUCCAUCUUCAAGGUUGCACCUCCCAUGAUUUUGAUGUACCUCACCUACACAUGGGGCAAUCAUGUUCAUGAGCAGAGCAAGAGGAAGAAUGCUGCAGACUUUGAGAAUAACAAGUGAACCAAGUUAAUGUCUUUGUCUGUGUUCUGAAUAUGUAAAUUUUAAAUAAAAAGUAUGGUAUCAAGUGAAAA